AGCAUUUCACACAACGAGUGCUGAAAAGGCAAUGGUUUGCAAACAUUGCAUAAGUUUUCGCAUAACAUUCACAACAGUUUGUUGUCUAGUUUUUGGGAUCAAAGCCUUUGAUAUCAACACAAACACAGAUUAGAGGAGACAAACAAAACACAGCCGAAGACAUGUCGCGCCAGAAGAAGGUCUCGGCGGUGGACACGAGCGUCAAACAGGAGGAUGUGAUACAAGCGGUGAUAUUGGCCGACAGUUUUACCUCGCGUUUCGCUCCCAUCACUCAAUUCAAGCCACGGGUUUUGCUGCCAUUAGUGAAUCGACCGCUUCUUGAAUACACUCUCGAGUUCUUAAGUAACGCCGGAAUCGACGAGACGUUUAUAUUUAGUUGUUCUCAUUGGCAACAAAUCAAAGAAUUCAUAGCCGAAUCCCCAUUCUUGAGGACCAAUAACUCAAUGUCUGUCAGAGUGUUCGCCGGCGAGUCGUUUCAGUCGAUGGGCGACGCGUUGCGCGAAUUGGACUCAAAGGCGAUCAUUAAAUCGGAUUUCAUACUAAUUAAUGGCGAUUCCAUCGGAAAUUUGCCACUAAAAGAGAUGAGAGCUCAACAUAAAAUUAAUCGUCUCAGAGAUAAGGGUUGUAUUAUGACGACUGUCUUCAGACGCGCUAAACCUAAUCAUAGGAUCAGAUCAAGUGAAGACGAGUUCGUAACAGUCGUUGACUCCGACAGCCAUAAGAUAUUGCAUUUCGAGAGGAUUAUGAAUAAUCGCAGACUUGAGAUACCAUUGAGUAAAUUUCAAGACAAUGCGAGCGUUGAUAUUCAUCACGACUUACAGGACACGCAUAUAAGCAUUUGUUCCGUUAGUGUUCCGCCACUUUUCACUGAUAAUUUUGAUUACGAAACCAGAGACCACUUUAUCGAUGGUAUUAUAGUCCACGAAGAGUUAUUGGGACAUUCAAUUUACGCACAUAUAGUGGACACCGGGUACUGCGCCCGCGUUAACAACAUAUCCAGCUAUGACCGCAUCUGUAAAGAUAUAUUACAGCGUUUUACGCACCCGACCGUACCUGAGAUGCAAACUAGUUGUACAUAUCAGAGACACAACAUUUACAAGAAAACAGGCGUUCAUUUGGAAGUUGACACGAAAAUUAAAGAAAAUGUUGCGAUUGGAACCGAUUCUUCAUUUGGUAGCAAAACGUUUAUAACUAACAGCACUGUUGGCUCUAAUUGUCGGAUUGGCAACAAUGUUACGAUAGAAGACACUUAUAUUUGGGAUAAUGUGGUCAUUGAAGACAACUGUGUCCUCAAACAGUGCAUUAUCGCAGAUAAUGUGCACUUGAAGUCAAAUGUGACCAUAAAAGGCGGUUCCCUUAUAUCAUAUAACGUCGUUUUGGGACCAAAUAUUACGCUCAAGAAGUUUUCGCACAUAUUUUACGAUACGGACAAAAAAGGUGUUAAAUUUGAUACAAGUAUUGUUGGAAACGAAGGCAAAGGAGUUGUUUAUAUUGCGGACAAAGACGACGAGUCCGAAGAGGAAGAAGCCGUCUUUGAAGAGAUUUGGGGCGAAAGUGAUGACGAGAACGAAGACGAAGACGAAGACAAGUGGACGACUUCGACCACAUUCUCUGAUAACAACACGUCUGACAACGAACUCAUUGACACUGAUUUGGUUGACGACACAAAAGUGUUUUUCGACGAAGUGGUCGAUAGUCUUCAACGGGGUAUAAAAGAGAGGGUCGACUGCGAUAAUCUGAUUCUUGAGAUUAAUUCAUCGAAGUAU